UUGCAUAUGCCUUGUUUCAUGAAACAGAGUAAAAAAUGAUCAUCAUUUCACUUGGAUAUCAUAUUCCACCUAAAGUCACAAACUGGAAUACUGCAAAUACAACCUAACUAUAAAGUUUGCUAUCAAUAUGCCGCAUGCCCAGACUGAAGAACCAAAGGAUUUCCCUGCUCUGAAGAAUGACCUGCUGCUGCGAGCAGCACGAGGUCAGGAGGUGGAUCGAGUGCCUGUGUGGAUCAUGAGGCAGGCUGGACGGACCCUGCCUGAGUACCGUGCAGUGAGCGAGCAGAACGGCUUCUUCACCAUCUGCCGGACACCGGAGCUGGCCUGUGAGGUGACCCUGCAGCCGGUGCGCCGCUAUGACCUGGACGCAGCCAUUAUCUUCUCAGACAUACUGGUGGUGCCGCAGGCGCUUGGCAUGGAGGUGCUCAUGAAACCGGGAGAGGGGCCCGUGUUCCCGGAGCCGCUGUCGGGCCCGGACGACCUGAGCCGCCUGCAGCGACCCGUGGACGUCCACCAGCAGCUCGGAUACGUCUUCCAGGCCGUCACCCUCACCAGACACAAGCUGGAGGGAAAGGUGCCGCUCAUCGGCUUCUCAGGCGCACCGUGGACGCUGAUGGGCUACAUGAUCGAGGGUAAGGGGUCCAAGACCAUGUCGAAGGCGAAGCGGUGGCUGUACCAGCAUCCGGAGGCGAGUCACCAGCUGCUGUCCAUCCUGACGGACGUCAUUGUGGACUAUCUAGUCGGUCAGGCGGAGGCAGGGGCGCAGCUUCUGCAAGUGUUUGAGUCCAGCGCCGAGUACCUGGGACCGGAUCUGUUCACCGAGUUCGCGCUGCCCUACAUCCGACGGAUUAGCGCAAACGUCCGCGAGAAACUGAAGGCCAAGGACCUGGACAUCCCAAUGACGAUAUUCGCCAAGGGCGCGCACUACGCGCUGGAACAGCUGGCAGACAGCGGGUACGAGGUGGUUGGUCUGGACUGGACGGUCGACCCUCAGGACGCCUCCCGUCGGCUGGGAGACAAGGUCACCCGGCAGGGCAACCUCGAUCCGUGCGCCCUCUACGCGCCACUGGAUUCUAUCGACGCUAUGGUCCGACGGAUGGUGGAGCGAUUCGGCUGCCGGCGCUGGAUAGCCAACCUCGGCCACGGUGUGUAUCCGGACAUGACGCCCGAACAUGUCGGAGCGUUCGUCGACGCCGUUCACAAGUAUUCCAGCGGGAAAUGAGUGGUGGUGAGAAGACCGGCACGGGUGCCACCCGUGACCUCCGAUGGGUGAGGAGUGGGUGCGGGAGAGGUGAGAGCGAGGGAACCUGGCGGUAGACGGGAGAGGAAAUGUUUGACACGUCAUGAGAGAUGCAAGUUCAUCGUAUUGAUGGCAAGGUGCCCCGCGGAUGACGAUGAGUUGGAUGUUGUUUUUUUUUCUGGGGUCGUGCUCUUUUUUUUAUCUGGUUACGUAUGACACGGUUCCGGUGCCAUGUUGAUAGGCUGAUAUUUUCGGCUUGUUUAUGCAGGGUCUUUAUUUCACUUUUGUUGGGCCCUAGCUGUGGGGUAGAAAUAAGCUCAGGCCAGAGAUAUUGGGUGCAGAUUUGAUUGAUCUAACGAGAACAAAGUGGAUCUCAGCCUUGAGUUCCUGUGAUGACGUCUCCUGUUUUCAAAUAUUCUGCCGGGUUUGUUGAGCCUCGGUUGCGGAUACACAAUUUACGAAGGGCGUUUAUUAUCUGUGUGUGCUGUGUGCUGUCUUGGAUGAUGCAGAUAGUGGUUGUUGGCCUACCUAGGCACUGUCGUCGAUGCUGGGCCUAGUGUCUUGUUUUGAUAAACUUUUGAAUGUUUAUACGUGUUGAAUAUAAAUUAUACCGGAAAUGA